AAAACUCCGCGAACAUCAACAUUGGAUUUGGUUCAGACGACUUCUGUGAAAGUUUGUUUGGAAAUCAUGUCAUUGUAAACAAAAUGAAAUGUGUCAUACCCGGAAUUAAUAUUAAAGUAUUUGGAAGAGCUAUACAUGCACUAUCAAAGAUUGGAGAUGAGAUCUACGUAGAACCACUAGAACAUGGGCUAGCUUUGAGGACAGUAAACUCCUCCAGAUCAGCCUAUGGAUGUUUUAUGUUUUCUCCGACUUUUUUCCAACAUUAUGACGAUGGAUCAGGACAGAUAAGGUCAGAGGACAGUGAAGAAGAUGCCAUCAGGUGUAAAGUGGCCAUGAAAUCCUGUUUAACAGUUUUUAAAUCCAUGUCAACAAUAGAAAAGACUGUAGAACGAUGUAAAAUAAAACUGAACAUGGAUGAAUCCAGACUUGUGUUUCAGCUGUAUUGUAAACAUGGUAUUGUGAAGACACACAAUUUAGCAUUUAUAGAAUGUGAAACAUUACAGGCUGUUUUCUCUAAAGACAUGAGUCCAAAUCAACUUACAGCACAAGCUAAAUUACUGUCUGAUGCUGUGGUAAAUUUCCAGUCUAACCAGGAGGAGAUAACUCUGUUGAUUUCUCCUGAAAAGAUUUCAUUGAAAAAUUAUGUGGAUGAUGAACCUGAUCCAAAUAAGGUUGUUCACACCGUGGUCCAUUUAGCCCCAGAGGAGUUUGAUAAUUGCCAAGUUGGAGUGGACACAGAUAUCACCUUCUGUUUAAAGGAACUCAGGGCCAUUCUUGGAUUUGCAGAAGCAUUGAAUAUGCCCUUGAAUAUCCAUUUUGAAAGUGCAGGGAGGCCUGUGGUAUUUGGAGUUAACAGUGAUACUGCAUUUGAAGCUAAUCUUGUAUUAGCCACUCUUGCAGAUGCUCAAACACAGGCAAGUUCUUCCCAACAACAGUCAACCUCAGUGAAAGCCAAACCAAGUCAGAGAGUUAAAACAUCUAAUGGAAUUAGAAGACAAUCAAAGACCUCUGAAAAGGGAGAUAACCAUAGCAGAGUUGUUGACAGUAGGACUGAGAGAUCAGAUAAAAGUGAGAGACUUGCAGCAGCUUAUGAUGCUAUGAUGGACGAUGAUUUUGAUGAUGAAAUGGCAAUAUCAGAUAUGCCUACAUUUCAUAACGGUGCUAAAAAUAGUCAUGAUGAAAGAGAUUUACCUUUAAAUAAUGGUGAUGCAAGAUUACAUAAUUUGACUUCAGACUCUAUUUCAAACAUGAAUAGUGGGAAAAACUCUAUGUCAAACAGAGAAGAAAGUGUCAUUACUGGAAAACGUACAUUAUUUAAUCCAGAUAGAAAUAAAGUUGACUUUGGAAGAAUGUCACCCCAACCUUCAACCUCUCAUAGUGGUGGAUGGUUAAAUAAAUCAACACAUAUGGUUGGUCCUGAUGAUGAAACACAACAGUCACAGAGUCCUGUUGUACCAAAUCAGUCAAAGUCUUUUGAUACAAGUGCCAUGGAUGUAACUUUACAGGAAGAAAUGAAAGAUGAUGAGGAGGACUUUGUUCCAGGAACACCACCCAGUAAAAAGUUUCGAUCAUUAUUUUUUGGCAUGUCACAAGCCAGUACCAAUUCCCAGAUGUCAACACAGUCAACGACGAAACAAAAGCCUGCAGUUUUGGUAGAAGACUCUGAUGAAGACUGACUGUGUUUGUUAUUUAUGAUUGUUUUAUUAUGAUUAAAGAAGAAAACAUUA